AUGAAAUUAUCAUUAUAUUUAGUUUGCUUGGCCUUAUUGGGCUCAAGCCUUUCAGUCAAUGGUUUCUUUUUCCCUGGCAUGGGAAAUAAUACCGGGGGUGGCGGUGGUGGUUUCAAGGAGAAAUUGUGUGCCAUGGGCAAAACCAAAUUCUGCCCACCUCCACCACCAGUUGAUCCCACAACAACAUCUACUUUAAUACCUACUGGAGAACCAAUUGAUCCUACUACACCAACUUUGACACCAAUACCAACAUCACCCACCCUAACAGCUACCGAAGAACCUACAGCAACUGGAACGACCCAAACAACAGGCACUUCACCCACUACAGAUACCAGUGUAACACCACCUACAACCGAAACUCCACCUACAACCGAAUCACCACCCACCGAAACACCCCCUACUACAUCACCACCUGAACCUACACCUGAGCCCGACGAAGAGACUACUCCUGAUGAUAAAGAAACUACUGAAGGGGGAGACAAGGAGACUACUGAAGGGGGUGACAAGGAGACUACUGAAGGUGGUGGAGGCAGAGCUUUGGAUGUUGCUAAAAACGAUGAAGAAGAACAUGAAGCCGAUACUGACAUUGAAUCUGAACUCAGUGGUGCCCGUGCCCGUCGCGUUAGAAAUCGCCGCAAUCGUCGUCUCCGCCGUACUCGUAGACGCAAGGUAAAUCGUUCCAAGAAGAAUCGCAAAGCACGCAGAAAUCGUAACAUUCGUCGCCGCAACCGUCAAAUCAAACGUAACCGUAAAAUCCAACGUCGCAAUCGCAAAGCCCGUCGCAGUCGCAAAAAUCGUCGCCGAGGAAUUCGUGUUGUACGUCGUCGUGGCAGGAAGAGCAGAGGUUAG